GCCUCCCAGGAAAAUAUUUUACCCAGAGGAGAAGGAAAAUACAUUUGCCCUUUCUAAGACACCUUCAUUUAUCACGAUCUUUGUCAAACAAUCCUGGCCUUUCCGGCGAUAUCUCUAACACUUGAAGUAUGGAAUGGUCUGCAACAUCUGCUACAAAUGCCUAUCUUGAUACCCUUCAUCUGUGUGGUGAUCAGAAGAGAGCAUGUGAAUCAAGCACAAGACCGGAGCCUGGAAGCACAGAAUUCAUAUCAGCCCUAGCAGCAGGCACAAGAUCUAAGCUGAUAGUGGAGGUGACACCCUCUGCGUCCCAAUCAACUAUAGGCUUGGCAGCUGCUGCAAGACAAACAGGCGGCAAGCUUGUGUGUAUUCUCCCGGAACCAGUCCUUGGAGAAUCUGAGAAGGUCAUCCAAGAUUCAGGGCUUAAAGACAUGGUGGAAUUCAAAACUGGAGACCCCUCGGAGAUUUUAUUAAGCUACGAAAACAUCGAUUUCUCUCUCGUUGACUGUAAGAAUGAUGACUACACGAGAUUCCUCAAGUUGCUAGACGUCAAUCCUAAUAGCUCAGUGGUGGUGGCAAACAACCUGGUGGGUGCACAAGAAGGGUUGGGAGGCCAUAUAAAAGGAAUGAAGGAGGUGAGGUCUAUGAAAAAUCCAAUUGGUAAAGGCAUGGAGAUUACGAUGAUUGGUAAAACUGAUGGAUUAAUGGGGAAGAGGUACCGCGGACGAGGUUCACAUGGAGCAGAAAGAAACGAGGCUCACAGGCUUGCCAGUAAGAGGAGCCGUUCCAGUAGAUGGGUUUUUAAAGUUGAUGAAGAAAGUGGGGAGGAACAUAUUUUCAGGGUGCUUAAAACUCCAUUGACAGAUAGAGUGCCUAAAUCUCUUUAGGUUCUUCACCUUUUUGUACAGCACAGUAGCAACAUUGUCCUCCUAAGAAUGACACCAUCUAUUGAAGUAAAACCCAAAAAAGAAAAAAACAUUGAACUGUGCUCUUUUUUGGUGUUGAUUAAUUUCAAUAUAGCUAUUGACUACUGAGGAUCUUUGAUUGUUCUUAUGGAAAAAUGAGUCAUUUCAACCUCUGGCAGUCAAGAAGGAGAAGUUUAUAGCUUCUUCCGGCGAUUGUAAAUGCCAAUCUGCAUGGUUGUUGGACGAAUCUAGACAUGGGGGUUCAUAAAUUUUGAUGUGUGGAGACAUCUUGGACAGAGGAGGAACUAGAUAGAAAAGCUUGCUUCAUUUGCAUGAUUAAGCUUUCUGGAAAGAAUGUUUUUGCUUCCGGAUUUCCUAGGAAGUUCCUAUCUAGUAUAUGCAUAUAUUUUUGUUUUCACUAUAUACUGAAUUAUAAGAAAAUUCAAAUUUUCUUGUAAAUAAUGUAAAGAGAAAUGCUAC